AUGUUUAUAUUUGCUUUAGCAAUUUUGGAUGGAACUGAUAUUGAUGAAUUGGACAUCGAAACCGUCGCAAUCUACGCCGCUGAAGACAAACACUCAGCCCAUCGCACCAAAGCUGACACUGCCUACCGCGUUGGCGAGGGAAAAGCGCCAGUUGCCGCCUAUCUCGAUGUUCCUGACAUCAUCCGCAUCGCGAAAGAACAAAACGUCGACGCCAUCCAUCCUGGCUACGGCUUUCUCUCGGAACGAGCCGAUUUCGCUCAAGCUUGUACGGACAAUGGGAUCAAGUUCAUUGGACCCAAGCCGGAUAUUGUGCACAAAAUGGGCGACAAGGUCGAAGCGAGAGCGAUUGCCAUCGCCGCUGGGGUUCCUGUCGUUCCGGGAACAGACAAUCCGAUUGAGAAUAACUCCGAAAUCCGAAAAUUCAUCGAGUCUCAUGGUCUUCCAGUCAUCGUCAAAGCCGCUUAUGGUGGCGGAGGAAAAGGCAUGCGAAUCAUCCGGAACGAGUCGGAAAUCGACUCUCAAUUCGAACUCGCCAAGUCCGAAGCCGCUCGAGCUUUCGGAAACGGAGCUCUUUUUGUCGAAGCCUAUCUCGAAAAACCCCGACACAUUGAGGUCCAAAUCCUCGGAGAUGAGCACGGAAACAUCGUUCACCUCUACGAGCGAGACUGCUCGAUUCAGCGACGACAUCAAAAAGUUGUGGAAAUUGCGCCGGGGCACUUGCUCGACCCUGUUGUCAGACAAAACAUGUUGGACGACGCUGUCAAGCUCUGCAAAUACGUUGGUUACCAAAACGCUGGAACGGUGGAAUUCUUGCUCGAUUCCGAAGGCCGUCACUUUUUCAUCGAGGUCAAUUCGCGUCUACAAGUCGAGCAUACAAUCACCGAGCAAGUAACUGGAGUUGACUUGGUACAGUCGCAGAUCAAAAUUGCCGAGGGCGCCAAUUUGGAAACAGACCUUCAUCUCGUCCAGGAUAAUAUCAAGACCCAGGGUACUGCCAUCCAAUGUAGAGUGACAACGGAAGAUCCGGAGAAAGACUUUUCCCCGGAUACUGGAAGAAUCGAAGUUUUCCGAACUGCUGAGGGCAUGGGAGUCCGACUCGACUCCGCUGCCGCUUUUCCUGGAGCCAUCAUUUCGCCGCACUACGAUUCGCUUCUUUGCAAAGUCAUUUGCUCCGGACGAGACAUGGCCGACGCUUCGAAAAAGAUGUCGCGAACUUUGGAAGAGUUCAGAAUCAGAGGAGUCAAAACAAACAUCCCGUUUCUCAAAAAUGUAGCCAAAAAUCCGCAGUUCAUCGGAGGCGCCUGUGAUACGACUUUUAUCGAUGCAAAUCCGAGUCUUUUCAAUUUCUCACGAUCGGAGGAUCGGGGGACAAAACUGCUGAAUUAUCUUUCUGAAUUGAUGGUGAACGGGCCGAUGUGUGACUUGCCGGUAGAUGUCAAACCAGCUGAUGUUCAGCCGACAAUUUCUGGUCAUUCUAAACCACUCGGCUCAACCUCCGCCCCACCUGGCUGGCGAGACAUUUUGAAGUCCCGAGGACCUGAAGGAUAUGCCAAGGCUGUACGCCAGAACCCUGGCCUGCUCAUUACAGACACAACAAUGCGAGACGCACAUCAAUCUCUUCUCGCCACACGAGUACGAACACGAGACUUAUUGGGUUGCGCGCCGUUUGUCGCUGGAGAGAUGCAACAUCUUGGCUCUCUAGAGUGCUGGGGCGGGGCGACUUUCGACGUUGCCUUGCGAUUCUUGAGGGAGUGUCCGUGGGAGCGAUUGCAAGAGCUAAGAACGCAGAUUCCAAAUAUUCCCUUUCAAAUGCUUCUUCGAGGAGCAAACGCAGUUGGCUACACAAACUACCCGGACAACGGCGUUCGGGAAUUUUGUCAACUUGCCCACGACAACGGGAUGGACAUUUUCCGAGUUUUCGACUGUCUCAACUACCUGCCAAAUUUGAUCUUCGGAAUGGAAGCUGCUGGACAAUCAGGAAGUGUUGUUGAAGCUGCGAUUAGCUACACAAGCGACUGUACCGUCCAACAAGGAAACAAGUACAACUUGGAUUACUACAUUAAACUCGCAAAUGAGCUGGUCAGAAAUGGCGCUCACAUCUUGUGUAUCAAGGAUAUGGCUGGCUUACUGACUCCAAAGUCCGCCCAUAUGCUAAUCGACGCCCUUCGUCAGCGAUUCCCCGACAUUCCGAUCCACGUCCACACUCAUGACACUGCUGGAGUCGGUGUUGCCGCAAUGCUGGCCUGCUAUGAUGCUGGAGCUGACAUGGUCGAUGCUGCUGUCGACAGCAUGUCCGGAAUGACAUCACAGCCAUCAAUGGGCGCUCUCGUUGCUUCUGCGGGAGAAGUUGAUACAAUGCUCAAGUUGAAGAAUGUCUGGAAAUACAGCGAUUACUGGGAGCAAGCUCGAACACUCUACUCGCCAUUUGACUGCACUGCCACGAUGAAAUCUGGAUCAUCAGACGUUUACGAACACGAGAUUCCUGGAGGACAAUACACAAAUCUGCACUUCCAGGCGUACUCAAUGGGUCUUGGCGAUCAAUUCAAAGAAGUCAAGCAGAAAUAUGCAGAGGCAAAUGAGCUUUUAGGAAACAUUAUCAAAGUCACUCCAUCAUCAAAAGUCGUUGGUGAUCUGGCCCAAUUCAUGGUCCACAACAACCUCUCCGCUGAAGACGUCAAAAACACUGCCAAAGACCUCAGUUUCCCCAAUUCAGUCAUCGACAUGAUGCAGGGCGGCCUUGGCAUCCCGGUUGGUGGUUUCCCCGAGCCGUUGAGAAGCGAUAUUGUUGGAUCUCUACCGACGAUUCAUGGAAGACCUGGAGAGAGCAUGGAGCCAAUAGACUUUACGAAAAUUGAAAAUGAGCUGAUCUCGAAGUACAAGGAUUUGAACAUAAGCGCGGAAGAUGUGAUGUCCUACGCUAUGUACCCAGCUGUCACUGAUGAAUAUCUCCGCUUCAAAUCCCAAUACGGCCGCGUUUCCGGCCUCGAAACCCGCAAAUUCUUUGUCGGCCCUGACAUUGCCGAAGAAUUCGAUGUCGAACUCGCUCCGGGCAAAAUCGUUUCUGUCAAGCCCCUCGCUGUCACUGACUUGAACGCAUCCGGCGAGCGCGAGGUGUUUUUCAACUACAACGGAGCGCUCCGAAGUUUGAUGGUCAAGGACAAGGAAGCGGCGAAGACAAUCGUUUUGCAUCCAAAAGCGACUGCUGGAGUGAUCGGGUCUGUUGGAGCGCCGAUGCCGGGAGAGGUGAUCAAGCUUUUGGUAAAAACAGGACAGAAGGUCAAGCAAGGAGAUUCCAUCGCGGUUCUCAGUGCCAUGAAAAUGGAAACCAACAUCCCUGCCCCUUGCGAUGGCGUCAUCGGAAACUGCCCAGCCAAAAUCGGCCAGUCUUUGACCAAAGACGAUCUCAUUUGCGACAUUAACUAA